AUGGCGGUGCCGGACGAGGCGGCGGUCGGCGACGGCCGGCCGGUGGCGAUGAAGAAGUCGGCGUGGACCAAGGAGGAGGACGCCGGCCGCACCGACAAUGCCAUCAAGAACCGCUGGUACUCCGUCCUCAGCAAGGUGUACCAGCAGCAGCAGCGGGCGGCUGCACCCAUCCGCCGCCUCCCCGACGGGACGUUGGUUCUGUUUCCUUUGACGCCGGGGGAUGUCAAGGCGUUCGGCAUGGACAUCAUCCCAGUGCUCCGCCACCCGCCGCCCGGGGUUGAUCUGAGCGGCGAGUGCCUGAACCUGUUUCCGCUGGUGGCGGGGGAUCUCGUCAGGGGCAAUAAUGCGAGCGAGGCUGCGGUGAUGGAUGUGGAUUGCAGCACCGACGAAUCGCUCGUCGAGCUGAAGCUCUGGCCGUCCACGAACCACGAGGGCGGCGUUCCAGGCGACGAAUCGCUCGCCGAGCUGAGGCUCUGGCCGUCCACGAACCACGAGGGCGGCGUUCAGGCAGUUCGGGCGCCCUAG